UAAAAAUUAUCGGGUUAAAGCGAAAGCAAAGAGCCUUGUUCAUUCUUCUUCUUGUUGAAUUCUCUUUUGGUCAUCACCACCAAUCUAUCUCUCUGCAACACCAAGCUACUCAGCUCACUACUCAUCACUAGAGAGAGGUAAUAUUGCCAGCAUUGCUGUAGCUGUCAAAUACAAUUCAAAAUGGGUAUCAUAGAAAAGAUUAAAGAAAUUGAAGCUGAGAUGGCUCGGACACAGAAAAACAAAGCGACAGAAUACCAUCUGGGUCAGCUCAAGGCAAAGAUAGCUAAGCUGAGGACACAGUUGCUGGAGCCUCCGAAGGGUACUAGUGGAGCUGGAGAGGGUUUUGAAGUUACAAAAUAUGGACAUGGACGUGUAGCACUCAUAGGAUUUCCAAGUGUUGGGAAGUCUACACUCCUAACAAUGUUGACGGGAACACAUUCAGAAGCCGCGUCAUAUGAGUUCACAACUCUUACUUGUAUUCCCGGGAUUAUUCACUACAAUGGUACUAAAAUCCAAUUGCUCGACCUUCCUGGAAUUAUUGAAGGUGCUUCUGAAGGCAAGGGGCGUGGGAGACAGGUUAUUGCUGUUUCCAAGUCAUCUGACGUUGUACUGAUGGUUCUUGAUGCUUCAAAAAGUGAAGGUCAUCGGCAGAUAUUGACGAAAGAAUUGGAAGCUGUAGGCCUGAGGCUAAACAAGAGGCCACCUCAAAUAUACUUUAAGAAGAAGAAAACUGGAGGAAUCUCUUUCAAUAGCACCGCACCGUUGACUCACGUGGACGAAAAGCUCUGUUAUCAAAUUCUUCAUGAAUACAAAAUCCAUAAUGCAGAGAUUUUGUUUCGUGAGGAUGCCACAGUUGAUGAUUUUAUUGAUGUUAUCGAGGGAAAUCGCAAGUACAUGAAGUGUUUAUACGUGUACAACAAGAUAGAUGUUAUUGGUAUUGAUGACGUGGACAACUUAGCACGUCAGCCAAAUUCUAUUGUCAUUAGCUGCAACUUGAAUCUAAACUUGGAUAGACUGCUCGCAAAAAUGUGGGAGGCUAUGGGUCUUGUCAGAAUCUAUACUAAACCACAGGGGCAGCAACCUGAUUUCACAGAUCCCGUGGUUCUCUCUGCUGAUAGAGGUGGCUGCUCUGUUGAAGAUUUCUGUAACCAUAUACAUAGAAGCUUGGUGAAGGAGGUAAAAUAUGUGUUAGUCUGGGGCACAAGUGCGAGGCACAACCCACAGAAUUGUGGCCUUAGUCAGGUUCUUCAGGAUGAGGAUGUGGUUCAAAUUGUUAAGAAAAAGGAGAGGGAAGGUGAAGGUAGGGGUCGCUUUAAAUCACAUACAACUGGCCCUGCUCGAAUAGCUGACAGGGAAAAGAAGGCUCCCCUAAAGCAGUAAUAAUAUUUCGUCGUCCCCAAUCCAUUCAGCACCAAGAUUAAUCUUAGCUAAAAGUCUUGUACUCUCGAUAUCUCUAUACUUGGUGGAGACCUAGAAGUCAAAAAUAUAGUUCCCCUGGCGCUGCCUUUACGUUAUAAUUUUUGCCCAAAUUAUGAUAACCCAAUUUCUGUAUGGCAUGUGUGAACUAAAGUUUAUGAAUUUGAAGAAAGUUUUGUAUUCCAAAGUCCAAA